AUAAACAUUCAUCAGUACCUCUUCAAUAGCACGUUUAUUAAGUGCAUUAAAAAAAAGGAAUCGUCACAUUUUCGAUUGAUCGGAAUUAUAUAUAUUCUCUGACGACGCGGAAGUGAUUUCCCAUCGUUUAAGGGAGUGAGAUCUGAUUUCCUGGUGCCAUCAUGAACGUGUUUGACCGCAACAUCAAUCUUGAUGCUCUCUUGAAGUUCUCCCAAAUAUCUCACUCCACUCAGGUGCACCUGAAGAAUGUAUACUCCAGCUUGGCAGUAUGUAUGUUUGUAGCUGCAGCUGGAUCCUAUGUCCAUGUUGUCACACGCCUUUUUCAGGGCGGCAUGCUGUCCAUGCUCGGCUGUCUGGGGAUGAUGUUCUGGUUGGCCAUGACGCCACACAACCCUGAGACGGAGAAGAAGAGACUGGCUAUCCUUGCCGGGUUUGCCUUCCUCACAGGUGUCGGCCUUGGCCCCACACUGGACUUUGUCAUUGCUGUCAAUCCGAGCAUCAUUCUGACGGCCUUCAUGGGAACUUCUGUGAUUUUCAUUUGUUUCACUCUCAGCGCCCUCUAUGCCAAACGCAGGAGCUACCUGUUCCUUGGAGGCACUCUGAUGUCCGGCCUUUCCCUCCUGCUCCUGAUGUCUGUGAUGAACAUGUUCUUUGGCUCUAUGAUGCUCUUUAAGGCGCACAUGUACCUGGGGCUGCUCAUCAUGUGCGGCUUUGUCCUGUUUGACACUCAACUCAUCAUCGAGAAAGCAGAGAACGGUGACAAGGACUAUGUCUGGCACUGUGUGGAUCUGUUCCUUGACUUCAUCACCAUCUUCAGAAAACUGAUGGUCAUCCUUGCCUUGAAUGAUAAGGACAAGAAGAAGGAGAAGAAGUAAUCUGCAGUUGAGAAGCUGGAAUCUAAAAAAAAAAAACAUCUUUGAGAACAGACACAAAUUGCGAUGCACUUGGUGCUUUUCACUUUCUGUCUUCAUUUUUUAAUUAACUCCUAUACAGUCUUAUACUAUUGAAAUUUCUUUUCAUUUAUUUUUUUGAAACUUACAACAAGGUUUGAAUGUAAGUUUUGUGGUACACUAAUCCUUGUCCCAUCUUGGCUGUGAAUGACUAAUACACUAAAGCUGCAGUGAUCCAGCUUGGCCUCUAGAGGGAAGCGUUGCUCUAUGAAGGCUUAGAUGCUGAGCAGCACUUAGAAGACUUUUAUAUUAUUGUUAUUUAGUGCCAUAAUUUAAUUACACAGUAGGCUCCUUUUUAGUGGGUUGUGAGCUUCUGAAAAGUGAUUGUUGAUAAGGUUGAGUUUAUGUAAUUGUUUUUGUUGAUUCACAUAUUAACAUUUUCCCUCCGAAUCGUUCUUUAGUGGAGUGUCACAAGAUGUAGUGUCCCAUGAUUCUGACGGCAGUACUGUGUUCAGAAAUAUCCCGAUUAAGUUGUUGAUUUCCUUUCACAAAUUUAGUUUAGUGAGUGAAAAUAAUGAAGCCUGGUAAUGUUGAUGCAAACCGUGAUGGCCUGUCACACUCAUGGCGCACGGUGACUCGUUCAGACAGACUCACAGCCACGACAAGUCGCAAAGAGAAAUGUUAGUUCCGUCUGUCACUGUGUUUUCUAAUUGAAGCAAAGACAGACAUGUUAUUCAUACCACUCCCCUACAAAUCUCUCCAAAUAUCUGUGGUUUCAAAAAUUGGUUUGGUAAACCUUGCAAUUUGGCAUUGAUGCAUUUUUGUUGGACAUGUAUACUGUGAAGAAUUUAUUUUAUUGAUGUAAAAUUGAAACUAAUACUUUGAUACAUUUGCUCAAAUAAAUGUGUUGAACGUU